UGCAUCCGGAUGAGCGUGGCUUGCCAGAGGUCGUGGAUGAGCCGGGCGAAGGAGCUCCUGGCGUACUGCCUGUUCCUGGGGCUGUCCUUGCCCCUCGUGCUGUUGGUCCUACUCUGACAUGAGCCGAGCCGUCGCUCGGCCUCGCCGCGAGGGGACGGGCAGUCGAAGUCGGCGGGAGCCCCGCUUCGCAGCUCGGCGUGUAGCCAGCGGCAGCAACCCGAGGGCCUGACGCCCCGGCGAAGGAGGAUGAGGAGCUCGGGCGGGCUAUGCGGAGGUGCCCUGCGGGCUGGCGGGCUGCUUCUCCGCGUGGGGGGGCCUGGCCGCGACCCCGGCCGCACUCAGCACCUGCGGCAGUGAUGCCGCCGCGCUCGCCGCCCCCUCACCCCGGCUGACGGGGAGGCGAGGCGGUGCCCGCGGUAGCGGCAGCCCCCGUUUGCCGCGCGAAAUCGAGUCGCUGCUGCUUCGGGGACUGCAGCGGCGGCUCCUCCGCCCUAAAGUGGCCCCGAUGUGUCAGCGGCCGCGCGUCGCGCCCCUGCCAGCGCCUCGGGGCCGCCGCGGGCCCUUUGACUCCGCGCCUGCCGGGCGGCGGCCGUAGCCGGGGGCUACGCUCGCGUUGCUGCAGUUCGGCGUUCUGCGAGGCGGAGUGUGUCCCCGCCGGCUCGCCGUGCAGGGAGGCGGGCCGGGGGCCGGCUGAGAUGGGAGAGAGCAUGUCCAAGAGGCUGAAGCUGCAGCUGGGCGGUGAGGCGGAGAUGGAGGAGCGGGCUUUCGCCAACCCCUACUCCGACUACCAGCCCCAGGGAGCCGCGGCAGCCCACGGCGCGGCGGAGGCCCAGCGGGAUCGGGCACUGCUGCCGCCGGAAGAGGACCCGCUUCCCUUCGACGCGGACGGGAAGGUCAGUGCUCAGUUCACAAAACGGAUCCAGACAAAAAUCAAGGACCUUCUGCAGCAAAUGGAGGAAGGGCUGAAGACAGCAGAUCCCCACGACUGCUCUGCCUAUACUGGCUGGACUGGCAUUGCCCUCUUGUAUCUCCAGCUGUACCGCGUCACAAAAAACCAAAGCCAUUUGCAGCGAUCUCUUGAUUACGUGAAGAGAAUCCUUCGCAAUCUGAAUGGCAGACGGGUUACUUUUCUCUGUGGUGAUGCUGGGCCACUGGCAGUGGGAGCAGUGGUUUAUCACAAGCUGAAAAAUGACAGUGAAUCUAAAGAAUGUGUUGCUAGGCUGUUGCAGCUCCAAAGGACAGUCAUAAGCAUGGAUGCUGAACUUCCAGAUGAGCUGCUUUAUGGCAGAGCUGGUUACCUGUAUGCCUUGCUGUACCUGAAUACAGAAAUUGGUCCAGACACAGUCCCACAGUCCAUUAUCAAAGAGGUAAUAGAUGCCAUUAUUGAGUCGGGGAAAAACUUCUCGAAGGAGGAACGUAAAACAGAGCGUUGUCCUCUGUUAUAUCAGUGGCACAGGAAGCAAUAUGUUGGAGCGGCCCAUGGUGUGGCUGGGAUCUAUUACAUGCUCAUGCAGCCAAUUGCAAGUGUGGAUCAGGAGACCUUGGCAGAGCUGGUGAAGCCAAGCAUUGACUAUGUGCGUCAUAAAAAAUUCAGAUCUGGGAAUUACCCAUCAUCACUGAGCAACGAGACUGACAGAUUGGUUCACUGGUGCCAUGGUGCCCCUGGAGUUAUUCACAUGCUCAUGCAAGCUUAUAAGACUUUUAAAGAGGAUAAGUACUUGAAAGAUGCUAUAGAAUGUAGUGAUGUCAUCUGGCAGAGAGGUUUACUGAGAAAAGGCUAUGGGAUCUGCCAUGGUACUGCUGGUAAUGGCUACUCCUUCUUAUCUCUCUAUAACCUGACUCAGGACAAAAAGUACCUCUACCGAGCUUGUAAGUUUGCUGAGUGGUGUUUGGAAUAUGGUGCACAUGGAUGUCGUAUUCCUGACCGCCCUUAUUCUCUUUUUGAAGGUAUGGCUGGAGCUAUUCACUUCCUUUCAGAUAUCUCAGUACCAGAGACUUCCCGGUUUCCAGCAUUUGAACUUGGACCUCAGAGGAGGGAAGACAAAGUGGAACAGGGCAGCUAAAGGGUUCUUUGGAAAGUAAACACAUGCCAAAAGAGAUGAGACUGUGUAGUGCCUCUGAUACAGAACCAACGUAACCCUAAGCUGAUGGAUGGAUAAACCCUGUUUCUCACUUCCCCUGCCCCGAGGGACGUGAAGUCCUUAGAGCAUGAAUUGAGAGAAGCCACAUUUAAGUUCUGUUAAAGUGACAUCUUCACAUGCAGAACAAGAGAAGUCAACUUUUGAACUUUCUCUCUUUCAUUGUAUUUGUCUUCUUCAGGUCUUUGACAUACUCUGCAUGUUUAUUGGUGUUGUCUGUUGAUUCGAGUCUUUUGUUAGCAAAGAGCUGUUCUCUGUGUGAAGCUCCAACCUGUACCUUCAUGCAUGACCUGUAACAACAGUGUUGCUUUCCCCAGUGUGGUUAGCCUGAAAGUUCCACGUUCUGCCAGAGAGUUCACUGUAAGACAGCACUCAGCUUCACUAGUGAGCUGACAAUUUCAAAAAGAGAUGGAAAACAUGUUUUAUGUUCAUUGCUUUCUACGUUUUUCUUCACAGUCCCUAGAAGCUGAGGUGAUGGAGAUCAGCCUUGCGUGAUGAAGUGGUAUGAGGCCAUCUCGGUUUUCAGGAAUGUAUCAGGUUGGACAUGACUUUUCUUUUGCUGCUGUUUUAGGAGCAUUUUUUUUUUUUUUUUUUUUUGGAAAGAGAGGCUGCCUGUGCCUGGUUCGUGUGCUAGGAGAUGCUCAUCCCCACCUCUGCAUGUUAGGAGCUUAACAAACUGCAGGCUGAGUCACCUGAGCUAACCUCCCUCUGCUGCCAGCAGGAGGGAAGAGACAGUAUAACUGUACUCUUUGUUUGGAGAAGUGGAACAUACUUUAAGUACACUUAAAACACAUUCAUGUUUUCCAGAUCAAUAAGUAUGUUUACUGUUUGAGAAGGGUAAGAGUAGCAUUCUCUCACUUCCUCAAGUUCUAUUGUCAUCCUCACCUUCCCUGCAGGCCUUGCUGUGUUCUGUCAUCUCGGGUGCUUAUUUUAAUUGGUACCUUAAUUCAGGGGAAAGUGUGACACAUGGCUGAGACUUUGACCUUUCAGGUGCACACUGGGAUAUCUGUGACCAGGGGCAUCUGCUGAGCCCUUGUGUUUGUGGUCAGGCUUGAAAUGCAUUUCUGUACCUGCAUAAAACAGGUAGCAGGUGACUUCCCUGACCAUCAGUGUCUGUUGCCAAAUCCACUGGGAUGCUAAUGUUUUGUGUAUUUGGUUCUGCCAGGCAAUAGCAGCAGUGCCAGUGCUGAGAGAGCUUUAUGUCUGCUGAUUUGUCAAGUAAGAUGUGGGAGCAGUGGGAAAGACUUUUACACCCCUCUGGCAAAGGAUAGAAGAUCUGCUGGGGGCACUGGGCCCAGAUGCAUAUGUGCAGCCAGGCAAGAGUGAAGAUUCUGAAAGGCAUCAGGAAGGAGGGUACUGCAUGGCAAACAGCUGUGGUAAAGUGACCCUGAUCACAGAGAUGGAAAGCAGUAAGAUCAGUGAGGAACAGAGAGCUGAUCACAGGAGGCAGUGCACAGAACGUACCAGCUCAAGUGAAAUGUUUUGCUGUAGCGUGCAUGGUGAGGCCUAGCUCUGUAUUUCUUCCAUCACUGUGUGGAUUACUGCCUGUAAUCCAGGGAGGAAACUAGCUCAGAGUGAAGUCUGACAGAAAGCCUAACGAAAGAAGACCUGGGGCAGUCUGACUGUUCAGCUGAGGGCGACAGGGAAGGGUUUUCAUUCGGUUGUUGGGAGCCUUCUUGGCUGCUGUGCUUGGGGUGGCACCUCUGGAAGAUGAUGUUGGCUGGCUGGAGCCCAGGGAGAACUGAAAUUACUGGCUGGUUUAAAAAAUGCAGGUGCGUGAUUGCCGCAGUCAGUAGAGUGAGCACAUCCACUAUGUGUUCCUUCUGCACUGCAGCUGGCCUGCUGUGGGCUGAGGCCCAGUGCCAGGUUCUCUGCAGAAUUAUUUUGGAAUUGAGCAAGACUGGAAAUGUCAUAUAUCACAGGAGGGCUGUGAGUACCUCUGCUUUGUCUUCCUCACAUGGCUCUCGCUGCAGCUCCCCCUUUCUGUUUGUUACACCUUGUGAUAUCCAGGCAGCCAUUACAAAAGGUAUUGUGGGAAGGCAUGGAAAAAACACAUUUUACCGAGACACCAUUUUCAGAAAUCUCAUAAAACUAAAAUGUGGAAAAUGUCUCAAUAUUCCCUGUUUUGCUUUGUCCAUGUGUAGUAGUCCAUCUGUUGCAGAAAGUGGUAGUGUAAAAACUGGAGAUGUUCUUUGGGCAGAAAAAGAGGAAAAAAUGCGGAUGUGGUGUUCUUUGGCUUUAUUAGUAAAGAUCAAGCUUUGUGGUGGUAA